AAUCAUCAGAGACUGUCUCCUUUGUCUUUCAUUCGCAGUUAAAAAACAUUUCUACAAAUAACAAAAAGUCCAGCAAAAAUAGAGUAAUUUAUAUUUUUUCAGAAAAAAAGAAGAUAAAGAAUUUUGAUUUUUAUUGUUUGAAAUCACAUACUGUAACAGCAUCGAACGCCAUUUCCAUUCUUCUUCUGCACUCCACCCUCUCUCUCUCUCCCUCUAAACACAGUUUUCUACGUCUCGCCGUACGUAUAUUUAGAGAGAGAGAAGCUGGAAGAAAAAGAAAGAGUCAUAUAUUCAUAUACAUACACACACCACAUAUAUUACAUUGCUAUUUUUAUUUAUUUUUACUAAAGAAAGGAGUAAAACCUAAGACCCUUUUGUAGGGUUCUUUCUUUUUUUUAAUUAUUAUUUGAACUGUAAAGCCCCGAAACCCUCGCAUUUCUUUUGAAUAUCGAAUUGCAUUUUGAUUUCGUGGGUGGUUGAAUUUGAAUCCGACGAUCGGCUUACCGAACUGAAGAUCUCCGCAUUGGCAUUGCUGAGGCUGCAACAACUUGGAAGUACAAGUACCUUAAUUUUGGUAUAUCUUGGCAAUGGAAUCGCAUAUGUGAAAGAGACCAAGAAAAUAUUGCCUUUCACUAGUAUGGCAAAGCUGAAGUCAGAUGCGCCUCUUGAUUAUGCUGUAUUUCAGCUUUCUCCGAAGCGCUCACGAUGCGAAUUGUUUGUUUCGAGUGAUGGGAGCACAGAGAAACUAGCCUCAGGAUUGCUUAAACCAUUCGUUUCACAUUUACAGAUUGCAGAGGAACAAGUUGCCUCUGCUGCACAGUCGGUUAAGCUUGAAGCUAGUCGCCAUAAGAAUGCUGAAGCGUGGUUCACCAAGGGUACACUAGAGAGGUUUGUAAGAUUUGUGAGCACACCUGAAGUUUUGGAACUGGUCAAUACCUUGGAUGCUGAGAUGUCUCAGUUGGAAGCUGCUCGAAGGAUAUAUUCGCAGGGAGCAGGAGAUCAACUUUCUGGUGGAGGUGGUUCUGGGGCGACAUCUGGAGAUGAUGCCACAAAGAAGGAGCUUCUGAGGGCUAUCGACGUGAGGCUCGUUGCAGCCCGUCAGGACCUAUCGAAUGCCUGUGCUCGCGCCGCUGCCGCCGGCUUCAAUAUUCACACAGUCUCGGAACUUCACAACUUUGCAGAUAGCUUCGGUGCUCAUCGCCUUAACGAAGCAUGCGGCAAGUUCAAAUCGCUAAACGAGAGACGGCCCGAACUCACCCAUCCAUGGAGAUCUGUGUCAGACGAUCGCGCCUCCUACGGCUCCGACAUGUCCAUCGACGACGACGACGACGACGCGCCACCUUCUCCGCCGCCGCGCCGCGAACGCGCGGAUCUCCCCACACGUCGCGCUUUCAGCAGAGAGUCCAGCGUCGAGAGUGAAGCCGGAAAAAAACCAAGCAGCAGCGCCGCUGCAGAAAAAGGUGCCAAGGAUGAGAGCUCGACCCCCGAUCAGGUCCAGUCGAUUCAAGCGAGUCAGCCGUCGAGGCGGCUCAGUGUGCAGGACCGAAUCAACAUGUUUGAGAAUAAGCAGAAAGAAAAUUCCGGUGGGAAGCCAGCCGUCGUGAAGCCCGUCGAGCUGCGGAGGUUGUCGUCCGACGUUUCAGAGAGGGCGGUUUUCAGAAGGUGGAGCGGCGCUAGUGAUAUGAGCAUCAGCAUUGAUCUGAGUUCCGACAAGAAGGAUGUCGAUAGCCCAACCUGUAAUACGGCACCUGCAGCGGCUUCUUUGGACGGGAAAGUUUCGACUUUGAAUGAUGAUAAUGCAUCUGCUGCUAAGCCGGAAAUGAAGGUUUUGCCUAGCUCUGGUCGGGAUGGGGACGGCAGAGCGAAAGGUGUUGCUUUUUCUAGUUCUGAGCAAUUGAUUGAGUCUAAGAAGAGUAUUUCCAAUACGGCAUCUGUUGAAAGUGAUGUUUUCAAAGAUCAAGAACGUGGAAAGACUCAGUCAAGGUCGUUUAUAAACAGGUUUGAGAAUAAAGAAAGAGCGGAGGAUGAUUUUAGAACAACGGAUACGGGUAAAACUGAUGGCGUGACUGGGUUCGGGAAACAAGGCAAAUUGAGGGGCGAGGAGUUCAGUGGCGGAAAGACACAUAUGACUGGGUUCAAGGAUCAGGUUUCGUCUCCGUCUCAUAUUAGGCGUAUGCAGAGCAAAUCUGCUCAGCAAAGUGAAGGUUCGGAUCAAAGUGAAAGUUCUGAAUCAAGGGAUGAGUCUAUCAUGGAAGUUAGGGUGAAAUCUGCCCAGAAGGCUGUAGCUGGAACCGGGGUAGUCGAUGGUGGUGCUGGAUCAAGAAUCAGGCAGGCCUUUGCUUCCCGUUAUAAGGGGAUCGAAGGGGAUUCUUCGCCUGCCCAGCAAGAGGUGAGGUCUGUUAGGGAAACUGAAGUGGCCGAAAAGAAAGAAUCCCGCCUAUUUGAGAAGGCAUCCCGUGAGGUGACACCAUUGGGAAAAACUGAAGUUGUUGGGAAGAAAGAAUCCCACGUAUCUGAGAAAGUAUCAGAUACUCGUGUGUCGAAUCUUGAAGACUCUGGACCUCAGAGAUUGAAGUUCAACAGACAAGUUUUGACAGCUGAGCUGGGUAAGAGGGCACGAGUGCAGCGAGAUGAUGCUAGUUCUAGUGGAAACAACACGGUGCAAUUUUCUGGCCAAGUAACAGUAGAGGCUCAGGAAGAUUUUGAUUCUUUUUCAACGCCCACAGGCCAAGCUCAGAGAGUGAGGCAAUCAAAGGGUAAUCAGGAACUUGACGAUUUGAAGAUGAAAGCAAGUGAGCUUGAAAAAAUGUUUGCUGAGCAUAAAUUGCGACUCCCUGGAGACCAAUCCAACUCUGCCCGUAAAGGCAGGUUAGGGGAAACGUCACGUGAAUCAUCAAGUAGUUUACAGUACACAAAACCAAUAGCAGAUGAAAACAACCAGUCAUCUCAACCUAGUAGGAUUUCUAAGAACUCAACCAAGUUUGAUACGGCCUCCCCCAUGAAAGCUGUUGAUAGCCAGUACGACAGUGAUGCUAUGAAUAAGCAGUUUUCUGAUCUUAGUGUUACAGAGAGCUCCCGAGGGAAGCUCUAUGAUAGGUAUAUGCAAAAGAGGGAUGCAAAGCUGAGGGAAGAGUGGAGUGCCAACAGGGAAGAGAAAGAAGCCAGGUUGAAAUCUAUGCAGGAUAGCAUUGAGAGGAAUAGAUCAGAGAUGAAGGCCAAGUUUUUUGGAUCUGCAGACAGACAAGAUUCUGUAUCAAGUGCUCGUCGACGUGUUGAGCGAAUCAGAUCAUAUAAUAGCAGGUCAAUUAUGAAAAGGGAACAGCAACACUUAGAUUUUGGGGACAGUGACGAUGAUAAGGAAGCAUCAGACUUUGCAGAACAGAAUAAUUUGAUUGAGAAUAAGGGUUUGAAUGAUGCCUCAUCUAGAGAUGGUAUUUCUAGAGGUGCCCCGGGGAAAAAGCACUUAGCCAUUAAUAGAAGUUCGUUGUCCACUCCUCGCACUGCAGUUCCUGUUCCAAGGUCUGCUGCGAAAAAUUCUAGCAUUAGUUCUGGGAAGCGAAGAAUGCUACCAGAGAAUCCACUUGCACAAUCUGUUCCAAAUUUUUCUGAAAUGAGAAAAGAAAAUACCAAGCCAUCUGGAGCCAAUAAAACAACACGUACACAAGUUAGAAGCUAUGCCCGCAGCAAAAGCUCGAAUGAUGAAGCGGCUGUUGUUAGGGAAGAUAAGUCACGUCGAGCACAGUUGCUCAGGAAAAGUUCUGCAAAUCCAAUCGACUUUAGAGAAAUGUCGUCCAUGGAUUCUGAUGGUGUUGUAUCCACACCAAAACUCAAUGAGGAGAUCCAGAAAAAUGUUGUAGCCAAGCCUUUUCUUAAGAAGGGCAGUCGAAAAAGCUUUGUUUCUCAAUCGAGCAUUGCAAGGGAGAAGGCCUUGGGGGUAUCUGAGCUUAUACACAAUGAAGAUGAAAAUUGUGAUAUAGAAUCUGGAGCUGAGGAGUUUUUAAGUACGGUUGACGAUGAUGGAGAGGAAGAACUUGAGAGCUUAAAGACUGAAGGUCAGGGUGUUUCUGACAAUGAGGAACUAAAACAGGGCCUGGAACCAGAGAAUUCUGUAAAUUCUGGGUCAGAAAAUGGUGAUGGUGCUUUAACUUUUUCUCUUGUGGACCAAGCUUUAGGUUCUAAGUUGCCUAUUCCUUCGAGCUUCCACCCUGUUGAAUCUAUACCAGAUUGGUCGGGGGAAAGUCCCGUGUCAUGGAAUUCACAUUCUCAGCAUCCCUUUUCUUACCCUCAUGAGAUGUCUGAUAUUGAUCCUUCGGUGGACUCUCCCGGAGGAAGUCCUGCCUCUUGGAAUUCACACUCCUUAAAUCAAAUAGAAACUGAUGCUGCUCGAAUGAGGAAGAAAUGGGGAACUGCACAAAAGCCCGUGUUGGUUGUCCAUUCCUCCAACAAUGUACCCCGCAAGGAUAUGACACGUGGCUUCAAACGGUUACUGAAGUUUGGAAGGAAAAGUCGUGGUUCAGAGAGUUUGGUUGACUGGAUCUCUGCGACCACAUCUGAAGGAGAUGAUGAUACUGAAGAUGGAAGAGAUCCUGCCAAUAGGUCAUCUGAAGAUCUGAGGAAGUCGAGAAUGGGAUUUUCUCAUGCUCAAGCUUCUGAGGAUGGCUUCAAUGAUUGCGAGUAUUUCAAUGAUUCAGUUCAAUCUUCGCAGAAUUUGAUCCCAGCACCUCCAGCCAACUUCAAACUCAGGGAAGAUCACAUGUCUGGAAGCACCAUCAAAGCUCCAAGAUCGUUUUUCUCAUUAUCAACAUUCCGGAGCAAGGGCAGUGACUCGAAGCUUCGAUAAUCUCGUCUCUGAAAACAUCUCCACCGUACAAAUGCAUCAUCCGCCAUUGCAAUCCAUAGAUUGCUAUUGUAUAAUAAGCACCCCACUGAGCUCGGCACUCUCUACCUGCACAAGAUAAGUAUCGCGGUACACUAUGUGGCUUUCCUCCGGAUUUAGCUAUAUCUUGUAGAAUUUAAUUGUUAUGCUGUAUAUGUGAUGAAUUCAUAGUUCCAAUUGGUGGAACAACGAUGUGAUUUUGGUAGCUAAGAGCAUUAUUCUUUUCUGCAGUCAGAUCUUUUUUGCUGCAUGCUAAUGUAAAAAUGUAGUUUCGACAAUUGAAUAUGAAUUAUCAUGUUAAAUAGCUACUGGUUAA